AUGACGGAGGUUCCAGACGGAAUUAAAUUUGUAACAGAUACAGAUGUGUUUAUUAUACGUGGCCGACCUUGCGAACUGUCAGCUUUUUCAUUUGUCCCACCGAACAGAAGGAAUAUACCGAAAGAAAGAAACUAUUUCAACGCCACGAAAAAGGAACAUUACCCAGGAUCAAGAUAUGACAGACUGUCCAGCAACAUGCACAUGGUCGACUACAACAAACACAUUCACAGAGAUGACAGAGAGCAUGCUAAGUUACGAGGACUAGCCAUUUAUGAUGAGGAAGUGGAGAAGAAGGUUCCGACGCUGUCAUCCUCCAUAUAUGGCCAUUGGCUGAAUCUUCAGGCAGACCAUCCAGACAGGAAGCAUGUUCACAUCGGACAUGUUGAGUCGGAAUUCUACAGACGUAAUGGAGUUGAGCUGUCUUCAGAACUCAAACCAUGA